AUGGAGAGGAAGAGAAAGUUGCCGGCCCGGGCUGCGGCCCGCGCAGAGCAGCUCGCCAAGCGCCGCAAUGCUUCAACUCGCGACCGUACAAAGACUCCCACUCCUGCUUCUACGCCAACGCGCCCCGAGCCUGUUGUCGAGGAGUUGCCGCCCACGCCGCCGCCGCCGCCGCCGCCGCCGUUGCCAACAUCUGUCGAGCCAGGCAAGCCGUUGCCCACCAUCGAGGUCGCCCAGUCCCACAACCUGUCCUCAGAGGAAUACCAAUCCAUCUCAGAAAGUGGCGUGCUAGCCGAGUCGCUUGCGCGAUCGAGACAACGAUGGAUCAGCGAAGGCCUCUUCGAAAAGUACUGGACAAAGCCACACAAGAAAAAGGGCGUACUCAUUGAGGAUCCUAAGAACCCCCCAAAAGACUCCAUGACCAAGAUUGGUAAUGUCACAAUUACCAUCGAACCGCACAUUGUCGAGGCAACUAUGUACGCGGUUAAAGGCCCCAAGCAAAAACCUACAGCCCAAGCGCUUCAAAAACCACCGCAGCAACAAGCAGCUCGGCCUAUAAUUCAGUACGGCCCUGCGAAUGGCACCAUGCCGCCACCCGCACAGCCACACAGUGUACCGAGUCCUAUCAACCGGCCAGCGUCGACGCAUUCCCCUUCACUACAAGGGUCAACCCCCCAGUCUGGUACCCAGCCAACAAGCCAACAGGCGGCCGCAUCGCCCGCACCAAAGAGCGCCACGCCCAACGCAGGCAGUGUGCAGCGCUUCCCGAAACCGUCAAGCCAACCACAAGGAGCUGCUGCUAGUUCCGCGACGGGAGCAGCGACAGCGCCUGCAAACCCUGCGGCUUCUCCUGCCACCCCACAGCCCCGAGUAACGCAUACAACCGCCCCCGGACCAUCCCAGCAAGCCGCUCCUCAGAGGACUUCUGCGACUCCAGGUGCCAGUCCUGCGCCCGCAGCAGCAAAACCCACUACAACAGACCCUGUCAUUGCGCUUCUCGCCCAAAAAGCCUCAACCGACCCGGAGUUGCGAGACCUCAUGAAACGUGUUGCAGUUGGCCAAGCUAAACCCGGUGAACUUGCCCAUUUUCAAAAGAUCAUCGACCAAUUGAACGCCGAGUACAAGAGUAAAGGCGGCCAGCAAGGCCCGUCGGCCGAUAGGCUGCUGGUGGAUGGCAGGACCGUCAAGUACUUUGCAGAGGAGGUCCGCACAAUUCUUGACAUUGUAUUGGCUUCAAAUCCAAACCAAAAGUCAAGUGAGCUGCGCCCACCUCCUGGAAGUGACCCUCUCGUUGUUCUGUUGGUCAAAACUGCCCUUGAAGAUAUGCGCACGAGAGAUAUGAUUCGCAGAAUCGCUGAAGGCCGCCCCGGAAACACGGACGCGACAGAUCUUAAGGAGAUUCUCGACCGUCUCAACAGAGACGCAAAGACAGCUCCCCAAGGCUUUCAGGCUCAGCCACCAGGGCGACAGAUCACUCCCAACGGUGUUCCCAACAACGGCAUGAGAAUGCAGCAACCCCACACCAUGAACAACACGAACUCCCAACAGUCUAUGCGCGCAAAAGCCCCAGCAUCUGCCUCUAGACCGGAUAUUGCUGCAGUAGUUUUUGAUUUUGGAGCGGGCGAUCGAUUUUUGUUUCCCAAAUUCAGCAUCUUGGAGUUUCUGCCCACCGCAUCAGGUCAACAAGUGGUCGCGUCUUUCCUUAUCGUGCGCAAAGGGAGUACGUCUGAGUACGGAGGCGAUCCUCAGCUCGACUACUACCAACCGGUGACUAUUCGUCUCCAGACAAAUGUUGGUAGGCAUCUAGAAAAUCUCGCGAGGGCCGUGGCUCCACAGGAGGAGGUCAGAAGAUAUAUGGACGACGUUAUGGACAACAUGACUCGUGCUGAGUAUGUUCUUUUGGCCAUGCAGCUGCCUCGCCAGGCCUAUGAUCCCGACGAAGAGGUCGGGACGACUGAGGUUACGGGAAAUAACAGCCCAACUUCCAGUGCGGAUCAAGACAAGGCGGAAAUCAUAAAGCCUGGCGUGUUGUGGACAGUAAGUGCUGGGUCCAACAGAUCGUCGAUGACCCCAUCACGCCAGAUCCCUCGCAUCGACGCCGAGGAGGAAUCGCAGCAGAAGUACCAGCGACUCAUUAGAUCUAUUGAAGAGAAGGAGUAUGAGUACGUGUGA